UGUAGCUUGAUUUAACGUGAAAAACAAAGUUGCCAUUGGUUGGUCAUAAGAAUUGACACUUCAUUUGGGUUGUAUCACUUUUUUUUUCGAAAUGCUUCCGAAAGUUCUGGAAAUACUAGUUUCGGGUGACGAGGAAGGAAUGACGUCGCAAGCCGUUUUAGAGCAAUUGCAGCGCUCCAGUUCUGGUAAGUCAAAAGAUCUAAAACAACAACUGGAUGCCAGCUUGGUCAAGGCCAGUGAAAUGGGUCUGAUCAGUUGGAAAGGGGAUGACAACAUCAAGAUGUCGAUCCGUUUGGAACCAUGUGAGACAAGAAGUUUUGAAGCUCAACUACACAUGGUAACGCAAGAGCUGCAAAGCGCUCAGGAAGAUAUGGUCAUCGCAGAAGAAUUCUAGACCCCGAAAUUUGUCCGUCAAUUUUUCCAAACGGUAUUUCAGUAUCCAAAUUUUGGGUUUUCAAUUUUCUGAAUUAUUUUAAUAAAUCAAAUCUCUCAUAA